GGGGGUAUAAGGGUAUCCCCGGUCAUCAGAGUCAACCAACAAACGCGUCCAAAGUUAUUGGCAAGGCAAUCGCUUGGAUUGACGAUAUCUUAAACGAUGGAUGCGAGGACGAGGAUGAAUAACCAGUUCAACGAAAUCAACCAAUUACCACAACAGGCGAAGCUGAAGGCAUACUCAGACUUACUCAGGAGCUUAUUUGGACAAGCGCGGACGGAGGAGAGCAUCAGCUCGAUCACCCAAUUCGUCUCCAACAUCGUCCAAGACCUGAUUGGCCUCCUGAUCUCCAAGACGGUGCUCUCCGAACUCGUGAGCUUGGUAGACAGCGAACUCAAGGCGAAAGAUCAGAGCGACUUCAAACGCCAGUUACUCGAGUCCGUCUUGGCCCAACCUGAUCUCUGUGGAAGGACAGUAAGAUUCGAGGAGCAGAUCUCAAGCUUGAGGGAGUCUUUGGCAACCCUACUGGAAGAACAGGAGGAUUGGAGCGAGGCGGCCAAGGCUUUACAAGGCAUACCACUCGAUGGAACGCACCGGACCGUGUCUGAUGGAUAUAGGCUGAAUACAUACAUACGGAUUGUCAGACUACUCUUGGAAGACGAUAAUGCGACCAACGCUGAAAGUUACUUGAACCGAGCCAGUUUAUUGAUUCCUGAAUCUAAAGAUGAAGCGACCAUUCUAGCAUUCAAACUCUCACAAGCCAGGAUCUUAGAUUCCAAGAGGAAGUUUGAAGAAGCGAGCAAGAAGUACCACGAGAUCAGUUUCACGGCCAACUUAGACGAAGAAGAGCGAGAGAGCUGUUUAUCGGCCGCAGUGGUCUGUGGAGUCUUGGCCCCAGCAGGACCGAAUCGGACUCGGCUUUUGACGAACUUGUUCCGAGAUGAAAGGAGCGUGAACCUGCUGGAUUACAAGAUCUUGUCGAAGAUGGUCUUGGGACAGAUCAUCCGAGACCAUGAGAUGGUCGAGUUCGAGAAGCGGUUGAAAGCUCAUCAAUUAGCUAAAUUGCCCAAGAUGCUGGAAGUUUCGGAUGAUGAGGAAGAGGAUUCAGCAACAAAGAUGAUGAUCACAACAGAAAGAAGGCGGUUGAAGAAAGGUCCAGAGAACGUGUUCGAUCGGGCGGUCAUGCAACAUAACUUGUUAUCAGUCUCGAGGAUCUACAAUCGGAUCAGCUUUAAAGGCUUGGGCAAUCUAGUCGGGCUGACCUCGACGGCCGUCGAGAUCAUGGCCCGGACGAUGAUCCAGGAGAACCGACUGAAGGCCUCGAUCGACCAGGUCGACAAGUUGAUCACCUUCAAGAAUCUCAGCGACGCCUCGGAGGAUGAUGUCGUCGUCAGUAACGUCGCCGCCGCUGCUAUUAGUAACGAGAACAAUUCUGCUCUUAACUCGUCCGAAAAAGAUCAGUUGAUCGCGAUCGCUCCUUCCCUGUUCGUAUGGGAUGAAUCCAUCAAAAAAACUUUACAAAAAGUCGAAACUAUUUAUCAACACAUCAUCGAUCUAAAAACCUAAUCACUAUUGAAUUUCUUUCAAACGAUCCAUAAACUAAAAAAAAAAAAACAAUUCAUAACUAAUAAUCACAUGAUAGCUUGGUGUUUGUGAUUUUGUUGAGGCUGGCACGUGCUUGAAGCCCACACGUUCGUUCCCCAACAAUA